AUGGGAUUAUUUCAAUGUAAGACUGCAUUGCAGCUAUCAAUGAUCGAAGAAGAGAACGAGAUGUUACGUAAGGAAGUUGCGGAGAAGAGUGAAUUGAUCGCUGAGUGGAUUCGUUUGAAACCCUCAACCGGAGUGGAUUCGCAGUUUGCAGGUGUGCGUCUUCGUCGUAUGUUGGACAUGGUGCGAGUUGACGAGUCGGCCGCAGAUAUUCGUGACAUGAAUCGACGUUUGCAGAGAAUGCUCGAGGAAACGCUCUCGAAGAAUCUCAUACUAAAUGCAGAUCAAAUAAUCCCAGUUAGUGAGGAACACGACGAGGUUGCGUACGAUGAGGAAUGUCUGUUGGCAGAAUUAGCACGUCGUGAUUUCACGAUUUUCAUGUUAUCCGAAGCUGGCAAGCCGAUUUUCGCGUCAUGCGGUCAUGAGGAGCGAUUGUGUUCGUUGAUGGCAUUGGUGCAGACGUUCGUGAUGGUUGUCGACUCGUGGAGCGAUUGUCUCGUACAGAUACAGUCUGCGGACGUUCACAUUUAUUUUUCGCACCGAAAUUCGCUGAUACUGUGUAUCGUUUCAAGGGAUCGUUUCCAACUCAGUGCUCAAGUUGAUCUGGUUUAUAAACAGGUGAUUUCAACUCUGUGUCGUGCUCAAUUGGUUUCUGUUUUCCAAAAGAGAGGACCAAAUUUUGAUCUUCGUUUAUUGCUCAAAGGCGCAGAAAGGCAUUUCAAUGAGAUAAUCCGAUCGUUUCGCUGUGAUACGUCCGUAUUUCUGCGGUCAAUACGUGUAUUCCCGAUGAACUCCACUGAACGUGAGCUUAUAUCGAUGACAAUCAUUAACUGUAUGAACAGUGCUAAGCUAUCAAAUGUGGUAUUUGGAUUAGUGUUAGCACAUCGUCAAUUAGUAACGUUGGUGCGUAUGAAAGGAAUAGCGUUGCAUCCUUCUGAUUUGCAUAUUCUGAUAAAUUUGUUGGAAUGUAAUCCUUCGUUUCGAAAUGCUGACAAUUGGAUUCCAAUUUGUUUGCCUAAUUUUAAUGAUACGGGUUUUGUGCAUGCAUUUGUAUCGUAUUUAUGGGAGGGUAGUCCAGCUUGUCUGAUGCUGAUAUCACUGGAAAGAGGUGCAUUUCAAGCUUUACGCGACGUGAAUGUCGCAAUCAUUUCAAGACUGCUCUCACCGAAACAUCGAGUUGCAAUUCAAAACGCUUUCGAGAAAACACCAGUUUUAGAUAUUGAUACGAACUUAUUUCCGGACAUUUGGCAUUUUGUUUACAAAAACCGCUGUUCAGCACAAAUGUGUUGUUCGCCAUGGAGGAUACCGUACGUGAACGACGCGGAACGACGAACCCUCUUGUCGUAUUAUAAGAAAGUCGUCGGUUUUUACUCGGAGGCGAACGAACCGAAAAUUUUGUUCGCCACAACGCCGUACAAUUGUCUUAUGUCUUGUAUAACUGCAAAUUACGAGCUGCACUGUGUGCUGAGUCCUUUUGUUCAACGAGCCGCAGCAAGCGCUCAGGUGGAUCGUCUCAUCAAGAUACUCAAGAAGGAGGAAAGUCGAUACUUCAUCACCUCGUCGUUGUUCUUUUGA